GAAGUCACGUUCCAUCUGUAGCGUGAGUUUUACGUCCCAGAAAUCUUUGGCUCGCCUGAAUAGAAAUGUUUGCCGUUGUAUCUCUCAGCUCUUAAAACUGGGCAGUUUGUGGUUUUGCUUCAGCUUCAGUAGAGCUUCGUCAGGUUAAGUUUGUUUGAAUACUUGCGAUGAAGGGAGUAAUUCAGGAGGACGCACCCGAUAGCGGGUAUGGAUGUUUGGUUACGAACCGCUUCGGACAUCUUUUCGACGAUGAAUCGGACCCAUUCGACGCCCUGCAGCAAGUGCAGGUUGAAAAGCCGAAGCCCAAGAAGAAGGAUGAUUCGAAGAAAUCUGCCGUGAAAGGAGUUAAGAAGGGAUCUCAAAGAGAUAGAAUGACUCCUGCCCCAGUUGCCGGGGAUGGAGACCAUGGCUCUAGUGUCAAAAGUUUACCAGUUCAGAGACGCCCUGUCCCAGAGAAGGGGGAGAGACGAGUCAACUUUUCAGAGAAGAAACAGAAUGAGAACGACUAUGAUCUGGGCUACUCUGUGGAAAGACCUGUCGACCAGGAUGAACGAGGAGGAAGGGGCCGUGGAGGAGGAGGACGAGGCAGAGGUGGAAGAGGAGCAGGCACAGGAUUCCCCCGCUCCACCAAUGACUUUGACAACAGAGGCAAAAGAGAAUUUGAACGCCGUAGUGGCAGCGAUCGAACGGGCGUCAGAUCGGAAGAGAAAAGGGGAGGCGGUGGCCCUCGUAAUUGGGGAUCCGUGAAGGAUGAGAUGAGUGUUACUGUGGAUGAGCUACCUACUGAGGAGAGUGGACCGGGAGGAGAGGCUACUGAAGUUGCCAAUCUGGAGAACUGCCCCCCUGAGGGUGAGGAGGUGGUGGAGGUAGCCGUGGAGAUGUCCCUGGACGAGUGGAGGGCCAUGCAGCAGCAGAGCCGCCCCAAGAACGAGUUCAACAUCCGCAAAGCAGAGUCCGCUGUCCCCACCAAGGCCACGGUCAUCCACAAGUCCAAAUUGCAGGAGGAGCAGCGUGAGAUGGAUGGGCAGCUGGAGACCGAUGAGGGUUGCGUCAUCCGUCGGCCAGCCAACGACAUCACCAUGAAGAUGGAGAUCAACUUUGGCAGCCUGGCGCGCCCAUCGCGGGGCGGCCGUGGAGGACGCGGAGGGCGUGGAGGCCGCGGAGGCGGAGAUAGAGGCGGAGACAGAGGCUUUGCUGAAACCCGGCCCCAGACUGUGCCAGUCUCCAAGUUUAUGGCAGCGGUACCAAACCCAGAUGACCCUGAAGAUUUUCCUGCUCUGGCCUGAGGCCAUGUUGAGCUGUAAGCCUCCUGACUGCACUGGGUGUGUUCCCUCUCCUCUGGGGAUGGAUGCUGCAUUGGAAUGGGAGAACUGGAACUGGGGUUUUGGUUUGUUUGUUCUUGGACUCCACUAAGCUGUGUGUUUUUCCAAAUGUAUGCUAUGCCGGUGCAAUUUGGAUAAAUAAGCUUAUUUGAGCCAACUUGUAGCGCUCACCUGUUCAUAAAUAAAUAACUCAUUGUUGCAA